AUGCUUGAACCAACAUCUAUGGAACGUAUUCUUCUUGUUACUUCCUAUCCAAAUUUGACUGAAUUGAAAAUUUCAAAUUUUCAACGUGAUAAUUCAUUGUGCUAUUUAGCAGAUUGUGAACUUAAAGUAGGAUCAUUAAUACGUUAUUCAAAAACAGUGUAUGCACAUAUUUUGGCUUAUUUCGAAAAUCUAAAACAUUUGAGUAUUGUUGGAGUAGCGAGAUAUGCAUAUCCUGGCUUAUGUCUUCAUGAUUUACCAUCAAACACUUUUUCUUCUUCUAUUCUUACUUAUUUAUGCAUUAAUGUCGGAAAUUUUACUGGUUAUCUUUUAUUACUUGAUGGUCGACUCAAAAAACUGAUUGAUCUAAUGAAUAAUUGA